AUGGCUGAUACAGAAAAGAAAAUCUGUCGCUAUUUUAAUACAAUGGGGGGCUGCUGGUACGGAGAUAAUUGUAAUUUCCUUCAUAUACCGGAUAAAAGACCGCCAUGUAAAUUUUUCUGGGAUAAAUCUUCCAAUGGCUGCAUUUACGGGGAAAACUGCCACUUUUCGCACGCUUCGGCCUCGUUUAAAAUUGGUGAAAGGUCUGAUAACAAAUUUUCUUACAUUGGAAAUGUCAUAGAAGACUCUCAAGAAUCGAAGUGUAAUUCGGAUCGGAACAAUAAUAGUAUGGCUAUUUCCUCUCGACUCACUAUUUCGGACCCACCACAGACGACAGACUGCGCUAAGGAUACCAUAGAAUUGAAAAUGGAAAUCGGUGAUACUCUUAUUAAUUCGCUUGAUAACAACAAAGAUGGGGCGGAUGCAAUCUCAACUGUGGCCGAUGUUAAAGAAUACUUUCCAGUUUCCGGUUUCCAGCAGGAACAAUUAACGCUAGACUCUCAAGUAAUGUGUGGUACAUGUAAACGCGUAUUGGAGAGAAGAGGAAAUGAGAGUUAUUGCAACAUCCUAAAGGAUCACUAUCUCGAGUGCUUCCUAGACAAAGAUGGUGACCACGUAAAGUGCGUCAAAAUGAAGGCGGCUCUUGAGGCGGGACAGAUGUAUUGGUGCAAGUCAUGUAUUCUUAUCUUCGAAAAACCUUGGUCCCUUUUUCAGCACAUGGCUGAUAAGGCGAAAGGAGCGAAAGUUCAAAGGUGGGAAAAGAAAAUUCACCUUGAUUGGAUAGACAGCGUGGCUGGACUAAUGGCUGGUAAAUUAAUUCUUACAUUCUACAAAUUUGAUACCAAAAGUGCUUUCUCGAUAGGUCACGAUUUGGGUCUAUUUAGCUUAAUGAAGUUGCGAAUUGAUUUGAAAAAUCUCCUCGCAGACCAAUAUACGAUGGAAGAGGAAAUGGAGAUGGCUGCAGCAGCAAUGGUCCAGUGGCUAGUACCUAUUACCACUAAUCCUUGGCGUUUACAUCAGCGGGAAGUAAUGAGAAAAAUUGAACACCUCCAUCGCCAGUUAGUACGUCGAGCUGGUGGUAAUUCCUCCUUAAUUUCGCCAUCUUUACAUAUACCUUUAAAAUCAAAACAGCUUCUGAGUUCAGUUGGGAACCAUUCCAAUGCACCAUCUCAAUUUCCCCCCACUCGAGAGGAAGAUUGUCGUAUACUGCAACCCGAGGAUGAAUCAGCCACGUAUAAAAAGAACCCCAGCGACACUGGGAUAAUUGAAAUUGAAUGUCCUAAUGAGUCUGUUCUGGAAAUCCCUCUGUCAAAUGAUACUGAGUGGCAUGUUGCUGGUGCAUCCGGUGAUCACCCUCCCGAGCAUUAUGUGGAUGUGCAGCUGGCACAGGGCAAAACUGAUCCUUACAAUAAACACUUCAGUUCUCUUGACUCCGUCUAUGCCAAAUCGAAUGGCUAUCGUCAGUGUGAUAUUUAUUCAGGUAGAAGAAACGGUUAUAACAUCCCCACUCGAAGUUUUCGUAGUGCAAUUGCAUCAUUAAAUCGUGAUCAGAGUUUUAACUCAGCAUAUCGACUGUAUGAAAAGUCUAGGUCCAAAUCAUUUUCAGAGUCCCUUCGUCAAAUUGCCUCUCCGAGAGUGGACUUGAAUUGUGGUUUUACGGAUGAAGAAGUAGAAGAACUACUGCAGCAAGGCAUAAAACCUUGGGACAGUGAGGCCUCAGCAGCUCUUGCUGUGCUACGGGGCGAAAUGGAUCAUCUUCUAGACUGA